GUUACUGAUUACAGUUAAUCUAAUCUUUUUAUCAUCUGUAUUGAUUUUUUCUUUUGCAGGGGCAUGUGGGCGAGCGUGCAACCAAGCACAGGCAGCCCUACGCCAAGCACCCGCUCCAAGCACGCGAUGUGCGUGUGCCAGUCGGGGGCCAUCUAUUUACUAGGUGGAAGGAGUGCCAACUUGCCCCUCAAAGACGUAUGGAAGUUCAACACAGUGGAAAAUGCGUGGGAGGAACUGAAGUGUCGUGGAAACCGUCCACCUUGUCUCCAAGAGCAUACCAUGGUCUGUUGGAAGAACACGAUUUAUGUUUUUGGAGGUGAAAUCGGAUUUGCUUCUACGGGAGAAACCCCCUUGUGGAUAUUAGAUAUUAGCACUCAGACGUGGAAAAAACAUCACGUGCGGAAUAGUUCAGUGCACCAACCUUCGGGGCGCAGGGGCCAUUCCGCAGUCGUGUACGGAGAUCAGAUGCAUGUCUUUGGUGGGUAUCAAGACCUCAGGGGAUCUUCAUCCGAACUCUGGACUUUCGACUUGAGUACCGAGAGAUGGCACUUGUUGCUGACACCAAGUUAUUUCGAGCAACCUCCUCCAAGACACAACCAUUCUUGCGUCGUUCAUGAUGGAGCCAUGUGGAUUUACGGUGGCCUCACAGAUCUACAACCCAGAGGAGAUUUCUGGAAAUGGGAUUUCACUUCUCACCAGUGGUCAAGAGUUAAGACGACUCGAGGGCCGGGGGAGCUUCAUGGCCACGCUGCUGUCAAAGGAAUGGCCUUCAUGUAUGUCUUUGGAGGGGAGCGAAGUGGAAUCGCUCUCAACGAACUGUGGAGGUUCCAUUUUGCAACGGAUACCUGGGAAAGAAUCACCACAGAAGGCAUCGUGCCACCUCCUCGCAGCCGGCAUGUCGCCGUCCCGAACCCGGAGCUGCAUCAGGAACAAGAGGCGUGCCCCAAGAGCGCCUGGACGGAGCCCGUGGUUCCGGUUCGUGCCAAUCCGCCCAAGUCCAUCUCCAUGUGCUUCGGCCAGACCGGACACGCCGAGCCGGAAAACGGAAAAAAGCACUUCAAGUUCCGGGUGCAUCCGGUCUCCCGGUUCUGCAGUAAGAGUACCAGCUCGGAUGAAGAUGAUGACGACGAGUACACGGUAGCCUACAACCCCACUUCCGCCCAGGUCAAUCUCAGGACGUUACGAGAUAAAUUCCACAGCAGCCGGCUUGUGCGCAGCAUAUCAAGCGGUAGUUAUUCCAUCCUACACAAUCAUGCCAACGAAGUACGUAAAGAUGAGUUGGAGAAAUUAGUAGAAGAAAGCACUCCUCACCAACAGCACAAGCCCCGCUUAAAGAUUCAGAAAUCACAAAGCUCAGACGCCGUUCUGGAAUCCGACAGCGAAUCCGCAACACCGCAGCAUAAACCAGCAUCCAAUUCCAGGCACCUGGGGAACAUCACGGAUUCUCCUCCGCUUUGGGUAGAAAAUCCGAACACUUUGCUCAGAUCGUCGUGGUCCGAGCAUACGUUCCAAAACAACCGCCAUUCACUUCCAGUGAGUUCUAACAGGAUCACGAACGGCAACGAGCACCAUAACACGUGCACCACGCCGACAGCGAGAUUAAGUCGGUUGGCUUUCGAUGGCCCACUAUCCACAGUGCGUGAUGUGAUUGAAGAGAACAGCGAGAAUGCCGACGAACCAACGAUCGCUGAAAGCGCAGUCCACAAUAACACCUCCGCCAACUUCAAGAACAACACGGAACUGUUGAUCGAUCUGAACAUCCCCGAUGAAAGUUCAACUCGCUGUAACAACUUUAAAUCGAGUCACACGAUCUCGGAUUUCGCUUCUCAGAUAUACACGCCAGGCAUAGAAAGUCGCGAGCUUCCACAUUCCGUGUCCCACAGCUCCGGAUAUCACUCGUUCACGGAAGACGACAAUGGUUCCGAGUGCCAUCGGGAAUUUGCCGGCUGUCUGAACUCGACUGCUGUGCGGAAACUCCUUCUGAAGGGUCGCGAUCUGGAGCUGAAGACGUUCACGCCGAACGAACAGCCCCAAAGACAGACGGACAGCAACAGUGAUAUCAUCCUUCCUCCGCCACCCCAGAGAGCCCGUUCGCUGGAGAGGACGUCCCAGAGGAAGCUGGUCAGGAGCUAUCCCUCGGGUGGCAGCAUAACGCCCACCAUCUUGAUGUCGACGAGCAUCGUCGAGAACAGUUUCGUGUCCAAUAUCGAUCAAAAAGUCGCUCAAUUGGACUCGCUGUGCAGUCCGAACAGGCACGAGGUGCCGGAGUCUCCGGCUAGGCGAUGGUCCAGAAGCCCUGCCAACGCGAAGCCCGCGCAGCACCAGUGGCAGCUUUGCUUAUAUGUGAUCGGUGGUCGCGAACAAGGUGCUCCGGGCAUAUACCGUCAGCCAAUCUCUAUUUGGAAGUUGUAUGUAUGA